AGGAACGCCGAAUUUUUAAAAAUUACGAAUUUAAAAAUUGUCGAAAUUAUGUAAUUAUAUUCGUAAAAUAAUUUGUACAUAUACUUACAAAACUGAUGAUACAGAUAAUCCAAGAGUUAACGUUGCAGUUUACUGCAACUUUCCCUUUCGUAAGUAUAAAAUUAUUACGAUUGUAGGCGUUUCUGUUUUGGGCCUUGGCUGUACAGAUAAAGAUUACUUAUCACUGGUGUAUGUGAAAAAUUUUCCGAGUUUACCAUUUAUGAUCUCUGUUCCUGUUCUCAGCAGUUACAAUUUAAUUGAGUUAUGCUUGUGUCAGCUGUAUGCGUAUAAAUGGAUGGGAGAAAACCGUACCCACUUUCCGUUUCGGAUCAAGAAGAGCCGAAGGUUCGUGCCGUCACACGACAUCAUGCUGGAUCAGGCGACGCCCGCACUACCGAAGACGAGGGAAUACCAAAUUCUUUUUCACUGGCGAAUGGGGUAGCGGAGCUUGUUCAGUCAUCUGUAGAACUCGCUCAGAACUCCGUAGACGGCGAUGCUCAGGCCCCUCGUUCAGGGGCCAAUGGGAGAAAUGCGAAUGUUCAUGGAGCUUUCAUUCCGAAGGACAUUGUAACAUACUCGGCUGCUGAUAAACUGGAAGCUCUAGUGCCUUUCCCUGCCACUUUACCUGCACAGUAUAAGGGGCUAAUAACCCAGAUUGAGAAUUCAAAGCAUCCAAAUUAUCCGUUUAUCCUUAGGCGGGUUUAUGAAUCCGGCCACCUGAAAAACUUUUUGCAGUAUCUGGAUAAGCGAGCGGAAGCUCAUGACUCCGAAAUUGAACGCGUUUGCGCUGCGCAUACUUUAACGCUUACGGAGACUGCGCGAGAUUUAAUGGCAGUCAGCAGCGGAGUGGAGGAACUACGUGACACUUUGGUUCUAGAUCGUAACCGUAGUGAUUCUCAUUUGAAAGAAAUCCAAGCUGCCGGUAAAGGAGCUACUACAUGGAAUACAGCUCUUGUUAACACUGCGUUGCUGAUUGAAAGGAUCAGUAUUUUGAAGCCGGUAAUCAAGACGGUCGGCGAAGCACAGUCGUGUAUGGACAAGGGUCAACUGGUGAAGGCAUUGCGCAAAUUACACGAUGCUUGGGAACGCACUCGGAAAUUACCGCAUCACAUCCGAUUAGUGAAAUCCCUGGCCGAUAACAUACCGUUCAUGAAAUCCCAGUUAAUUUUGGAAGCAAAGCGAGGAGUGACAACUGCACUGGAAUCGAUAAGGAACGCUAAUUUAAAGGCGGGCUACAUGACAUUAAAAAAUGUUGCCGAAACCAACGGUUUACACGUGGAGCCUUAUCAUAUGCCUGCUGGGAGAGUGCUCCCCAGUCGGUACACGGAAGAAGUGGCGUUUCUUUAUGACCGCAAAUGGUCUUUAGAUACCGCCCUUAAUCUACAGCCGCUUUUGGUCUUCCGGCAUGUUAUGCUCAAUUUUGCUCCUGAUGAUUUGGAUGCGGACGCAUAUAAAGCGUAUUAUGAAAAUUACAUGGUUCAGCGCCGCAGCCAAGUGGCUCAGAUGGUAACUCCGCCGAACAAUAUGCACAGUGUGGACCAUUUUCGCUUAUAUAUCCAGGAUAUUGUGGGUAUAUUUGCGCUGGAAACAUACAUCGGUGGAUGUGUCUGUGCAAUCGCUACCGAUGCGUUUUAUUCUGAACUUUGGAAUGAAAAUGCGUCUAAUAUAGCGUCGGCGUUAAGUUCCAACUGUGUGUUUAUUACUGAUGACGAAAAUUGCGCCCAAAUAAAGAACUUGAUGAACCUCUUUGCGGUGGCGCUGAAUUUUCUCAAGUGUGAUUCUAGCCGAAUUCAUGGAGUACUGCAAGACAUUCGUGAUCAUUACGGUGAGAUACUAUUAAGGAAAUUGGUAGAGCAGAUGAACGCGGCUCUCGACGAAGAUAGUUUCGUUGCUGUAAGCGCUGCCAAUGAAAUGGAAGAACAGCGCAUCUUGAUAGAUUUCCCGUUCAGCAAAGAUCCUACCGAAAAAUCGAUUACACAAUAUCCAAAGAAGUUCCCGUUUUCCUCGAGUGUUCCUAAAUUUUAUUCGCUGAUCAAGCAGUACAUCUCAACCUUUGUCAAAUUUAGUCGCGAUCUGAACUUGAGUCAAAGUGAAGUGGACGAAAAAGUUCGUAAAUCGAUGAAUACAGUGUUGUCCCGAAAUCUUCGGGGGUGCAUCAGUGGCCUAGUCGAGCGCGGAAGAUUAACUCCAGAACAACUGGUGCAAUUGUACACCAACUGUACAUAUUUGGAGUAUUCGUGUCGGUUUUUGGAAACGUACAUUUCGGAAUUGCUUAAUCUGAAUGCCGCUGCCGCCUCAGCACUACCAGGGCUUUCUAUGCGUUUAGAUAGCGACUCCCUUUUCAAGGAUAUCCGCUCGCAGGUUGAACAACAGGUUUAUACCACUCUUAUGAACUCGAUUGAAGCGAUGGUUGGAGAAAGUAGAUUUGACUCAGCCGCACAGGAAGCAACAAAUGAGCCUUCGGUUCUGUGUCAGCGCGUUAUUCGGUAUCUGGAAGUAGUUUUCGGCUUCAUCAGGAACAUGCCCUACAGCGUCUGCCAAACGGCCUGGAUGACUGCCUGUAAACACAUCGCCAACCAGUUGCAGGAAACCUUCAUCCAUAAAUCCCCACUGAUCACGAUCGGCGGUGUUCAGCAGCUGAAAAAUGAUCUGGGAUUUUACGAAGAUUUCCUUCUCCGUCAAAGAGACAAUACGGAUCCGGCUACUCUCCUUAUGGCCUUCAGCGAUAUUCGUCAGUUAACGGACUUGCUGCUUUUAUGGGAUUGGAAUAAAUAUUUCCAUGAAUUUGGAAAGAAAGAUGCAAAAUACAACCGAAUACAGCCUCAAACAGCUUUGAACAUUUUGGAAAAAAUGAAAGAAUCGGACCGGAAGAAAGGCUCGCUUCUGCAAAAUUUGCGAAAAAACGAGCGAGAUAAGAAGAAAUUAUUAGAUACUAUUAUUACCCAGUUGAAAGAUUUGAUUAAUGAGCCACGAUAGCUGGUGAGCUUUAAUAUAAAACAGCAGUUUAUUG